AUGGAUGAUUUCCUCUCUAUUAGUAUGCUGUCUCUCGCUAUGUUGGUGGGAUGUUACGUGGCUGGAAUCAUUCCCUUGGCUGUUAAUUUCUCAGAGGAGCGACUAAAAUUGGUGACUGUUUUGGGUGCCGGCCUUCUCUGUGGAACUGCUCUGGCAGUCAUCGUGCCUGAAGGAGUCCAUGCACUUUAUGAAGAGAUUCUUGAGGGAAAACACCACCAAGCAAGUGAAACUCAGAAUGUGAUUGCAUCAGACAAAGCAGAAGUACCAGUUGUCCAUGAGCAUGAGCACAGCCAUGAUCACACCCAGCUGCAUGCCUACAUCGGUGUUUCCCUUGUACUGGGCUUCGUUUUCAUGUUGCUGGUGGACCAGAUUGGUAGCUCCCGUGUACAUGCUGCUGAUGAUCCAGAAGCAACAAGACCCAGCAAUUCCAAAAUCACCACCACACUGGGACUGGUCGUCCAUGCUGCAGCUGAUGGUGUUGCUUUGGGAGCAGCAGCUUCUACUUCACAGACUAGCGUCCAGUUAAUUGUGUUUGUGGCAAUAAUGCUACAUAAGGCACCAGCUGCAUUUGGGCUGGUCUCCUUCUUGAUGCACGCUGGCCUGGAGCGAAACCGAAUCAGGAAACACCUGCUGGUCUUCGCACUGGCGGCGCCGGUGAUGUCCAUGGUAACAUACCUGGGACUGAGUAAGAGCAGUAAAGAAGCCCUUUCAGAGGUCAAUGCCACUGGAGUGGCCAUGCUUUUCUCUGCCGGGACAUUUCUUUACGUUGCCACAGUACAUGUCCUCCCUGAGGUGGGCGGAAUGGGCCACAGUCACAAGUCCGACGCUCCUGCAGGGAAAGGCCUCAGCCGCUUGGAAGUGGCCGUCCUGGUCCUGGGUUGCCUCAUCCCACUCAUCCUGUCAGUAGGCCACCAGCACUAAGUGUUCAGGUUCCAGCCUCUGUCCAUGGCUGUUUGCCAUCCAGUGGGAACAGCCAGCACAUGACAGCUCCUCACUUCUUCAGUCUCAUGUCUCACCUUGCCCACCUUCACCUGUAUUCCUAGAGACUGGAGGGAGGUGAGAUUCACAAUUGGAGUAACAGAAAAGCUUUUAGGGUAGAAACAACACAUCGCGAUUCAAUAUAGACAUUCCCUUGUGUUGUCUUUUAAAAGGGCCUUGACAUUUUGAGUUUUGAUGUUUCUCUUAACCCUAUUCUCAGGGAAGAUGGAAUUAGUUCUAAGGAAAAGUAGAGAACUUCAUACUCACAAUGAGAUAGUAAUUAUGACAGUACAGUGUUCCAUAAUUAAGCUAGAUCUCUUUCUUCUUAGUUUAGAGGCUCUGCCACUUUGUCCAUUGAUUUUUAACAUGACUCUCACCGUGUCGGACUGGCGCUUUUGGCAUCUAUGCUACAUGCCUUGAUGGAA